ACGCCCCCUCUGACGUCACCGGCCGCCCUUGGCGGGAGGGGGGGAGGCAGGGAGGCCGGCGCAUGCGCGCGGCGUCGGACCAGACUGGGCCUCGGGUCAGGUCAUUCGAAGAGGCGCCCAUUUUAGGUCGGUCGGCGGCAUCAGCAAGCGCGGGGCCGCGCGACGCCUCGCCGGUCGCCCGGACCGGCGACAGACGUGGUUUGGCCGCCUCCCGGCGCUAGGGCUGCGUCGGUGCCGUGGGAAACCAUGUCCACCCUGUGCGGAACGCUCCGCUUCGUGCAGCGGGCGUCGGCCAGGAGGCUCCUCCACGGCUCCCCGGCCCUGCCCAACUCCAACCGGGCGGCCCUGACCCGCGUCCGCCGCGCGGUCUACGCCCGCCUCUACCCGGUGCUGCUCGUGCGGGAGGACGGCUCCACCGUCCACAUCCGCUACCGGGAGCCCCGGCGCCUGCUGGCCAUGCCGGUAGACGUGGACACCCUGUCCCCGGAGGAGAGGAAGGCCAGGCUGCGGAGGCGGGACUCCAGGCUGGUCGAGAAGAAGGAGGAGGAGCCCGAGGUCCUGGACGACUUCCAGCUGGACCGCUACCAGAAGUUCUGGAAGAAGAAAUGAGCCCGAGGCCGGAGCCGGUGGGGGACGGGCGGGGGGGCCGUCCGGCCCUCCCGACCCCCGUCUCCCAGCCGGGUCGGGUGCCCGGGGAGCUGGGGGUGGGAGAGCCCCAGCUCUUCACUUCUCCAUCGUCGUCGUCACCGCCGGUAGUAUUUACUGAGCACCCCCCCCCCCGGGUGUGCAGAACGUGGGGCACGGGUCGACAGAGUCGGAAGAUCCAGUCCCCGUGCCCGAGGGGCAUCCGUUUUUGGCUUCCUGCCCCCGGGCAGCCCCACUUACCCCUCAGUGCCUCCCACCGGCCCCCCUCAGAUGUCUGAAAAAGGUGAAUUUCUCCCCCCCCCCCCCGCCCAGGUCACUGCAGCCCACCCACACUGCUUGCAGUUUUUCCGCGCAGAGCUCUGUACUAAGCGCUUGGGAGAGUACCGUAUAGCAGGCUUGGUAGGUUACGUUCCCUGCCCACAAGG